UGGGUUGAUGGUCGACGGUCAUGAAUUGUAGUGUGCUAUAGCCGGCAAGUUAAAUGGAAAGUUUAUAAGAGAUACAAAAGAGUGGAAGAACCAAGAGAGUAGUUAGAAAGUUUUCCGAACAUUUGCACAUAUAUACAUAUGUACAUGCUCUGCAGAUACACUUUUGGCAUCUCUUCUCAACUAAACUUAUUUCAUAGAUCACCAGGAGUGUAACCGUUGUACGGUAUUUAGCGCAACAAUUCGUUGCGAGUCAUAGUAGGGGGUGUUUCAAGUGAGUCAAGCGCGAAGUAUUUAACAUACUCGUACAUAGAGAGUGAAGAGAGAGUGCGGACGGCAGUACGCUUGGUGAUCAUAUGGAACAGGAGGAGGAGUAAUUAAGCGUGUGAUGGUCACAUUAUCAUACAUAUACAAUAUAUUACGUGCCACGGGAACGGCAAUAGAAGAAAAGGCAACGGCAGUAGUAGCAGCAGCAGCUGUGGUUAGUAGCAGCAACAGCAGAAAAACAGAAAUUAAAUCAUCGUAGAAGUGAGACCAACGAUGCGGCAUAAUCAAAUCGAAGAGUCAUACUGUAUUCGACCAUAAUUGAUGCAGGAAUUUUAAGGAAAAGCCUUUAAGUAAAAAAUAAUAAUAAACCACAGAUAAUUACAUUCAUGUAAUAAUAAAUUUCUUCAAACUCUAUUUUUAUUUAAUGUGAGUUAAAUAAAAUUUUAGAGUUCAAAUUCAAUUACAAAUUGGCGUAUUUGCAGAAACUAUUAAUAAUAAAAUCAAAUACGAGGCAAUAAAAACAACUUUACUGAGGAGGCAGUGAAAUUUGCGAGAAUUACAAAUAUUGACGUAAACCGUUUCGCAACCGGAAUCAGCGAUAUUUACCUAUACAAAUAACUGAAUAAUUAUAUGCAUAUAUGAGUAUACUCACAUAUUGUUUCACAAAUAUAAAAAAUUAAACCAACCAUUACUAAAUUACGCGAACUCUUCGUUAACGGGUGUGAUAUUAGCGUCAGUAUCAUAGAUAUGUAUAUGUACAUACACAUGUAGAUAAAUAGUGGAUAUGGAUAUGUAAAUAUGCACGCAUAUUAUUGCAUAGUAAAUUUAUUAUUGGAAAAAUCAACUUUGGUGUCAAUUUAAACAUCAAUAUUUGUAAAAUUUUCUUGAAGGAAACAUUUACGAUAAUAAUUACGAAAACUACUUAAAUAUCAUGAUUGUGCAAAAUACGAGUAUGCUGUGUUGAAUUGUAGCUGGCCCUUACUGAACGGCGCACAGUACAGCAGGUACUGGAAUAGUGCGAUAAAGAGAAAGUGCAUAAUCGCUUCAAUCUUGAAAUGAAAAGCAUAAACAAUUAAACUUAAAUCAAAACAAAAUAUUUAUACCCAGGAACCAGAGUACUAGCAUAAACAAGACAAAGCUGGAGCAAAACAAAUAUUAAGAGUGAUAACUUCAUCUAAUGAGGCCCUUAAAAGUAUUGAUAACAAGCAAGUAGGCAAGUAGAUAACACAUAUUAACUAAUGUGUAAACUAAAAAUGAUAUCAAUCGUUGACAUUCAAAAUAAGUAAAUAUUCAGAGCAGCUUGAGGGUAAAUAAACUACAGUGAAACGUAAUAAGCUGCAAGAUUAAUUAUAACUGUACUCGUACAAGGAACACCACGGAAAUUGCUAACAUUUACAUAAUUCACAAUUUCAUCGAUUUAGCGUUGACUGGAUUUUCAUGAAAAACUAAAAUUAAUUAAUUUGCCUGUCAUUUUUGUGCGCGAAUUUAAAAAAUUUCAACCCUGAGCAAACUCAUUAUGAUUCAGAGAACACUGUGCGAUCAUACAACAAAUACAAACGCAUGGCAAAUUGUUAGUUACAAUAAAAAAGCUCAAAUAAAAAACCUUCACAAGGCGAAAGGUGGAGGUGGUGGAAAUACCGACAAAUCAAAUGCGCAAAUUAAAAAUAUAACAUUAAAUAAGAAUUCGCUCCCAAAAAAAGAACCCUCAACGACUGCUUUGCUUUUGAGAGCAACAGCGGCGAGUAGGCGAAAGAUCUCAAGGACGAACACAUCAACAAGUUCGACACAGAAUUUGACGCCUUGUGUUACCUCAGCAGUUAAGCAGAAAAGACCCACUGUUGCCAGAACAAAAACAAUCGCACUCGAAGUUGGCAAAGUACCAACUCAGCAGCAAGAGAAUUUGCAGCGCCAACAACAGCAACACGUUCAUAGACAACAGUCACCCUUGUUGCAUGUUCGUCGUAGGCGUGCAAAUCAAGAAAUCAGACAAAUUAAACGUGCACACCGACAUCUUUUGACUAGUGGCGGUUGUGACUGGCAGCGCCAUCAAGCGACCACUAGUUCGCCUGCAGGUGCGGCAACCUUACGUAAACAACAAAACGUCAACUGUCAAACGAAGUCAGCCAAAACUUGUCAUAGUCACACAAACAGCUGUCUCUGCUUAGUGACAAAGAAGAAACAUCAAAAGUGUCAGCAGUCGCAACAACAAAAACAGCAACAGCUGCAACACCAACAGAAGAGAAAAUUGCAAAAUUCGGCGAAAAAUGCCCAUAGUGGCGGAGGAGCAGGUAGUAAAAGUAACAAAAAAAUAAAUCAGCCGAAAGGAACGGCGACAAACAAAUCUAUAACCACUUAUGCAGAGUCUGUUAUUUCAUCACGUUGGGACUCUAUUGAGGAACAAUUAAAUUAUUUGGAGAAACUUCUGUACUGCUGUGAUGACGAGGAAGAUGUUUGCAGUGUUUGGAAUUGUAAUAUAAGUAAAGCAUACGAUUGCAACGGUGAGCGCAAAAGGUCAGUAGAAUUUUACUACGAAGGUGAUUACGACGUCGACGACGACUACGAGAGUGACUGGAGUAUUGUGUGGAGCGAGUCAGACAUGUCAACUGAAGCUAAAGAUGUCGAAGAUGUGGACGUGCAGUCCACUACAAGUGGCGCCGGUUCUGCAUCCACGAGAACAUCACCUGUAGUACCUACCUCACUAAAACGACGCGGACAUCAGCAUCACCCACGUUUCUCAGGAGCCCGCCGUCCUAAUAUUCCCAAUGUACAAGAGAUACUCGCUGCCCUUUAUCGCGGUGAUUCACAAAGUGUACUCACCAAUUUACGUCAAGUAGCCCAAGCUGUUGAAGAAGAUAGUGCUGCUGGUAUCGGUGCUGGAGCGUGUAGUGAUGUGGAGACUAUUUCCUCCACAAUGGGAGACUCACAAUAUACAGAUGAGCCAGAUGAAGAAUUGGAUUUGCAACUUACAAAACCUUCAAUGCUCAAUUUGCAACUAACUGAUUCAGUAACCACCUCAAUGGGCAGUAACAGCCCAACACCCACGGAUGACAGUAGUAUGGUGGAUGAAGGUGUGGUAAGCGCACAAACGCCCACCAGCACUACCACAGCUGAGAGUGUAACACCGAAAUCAAAUAAAAGUAGAUCUAAACGUGAUAAAACGGAAAAGUUAGAACGAUCAGAAAAGAAAAAGAAAAAGAAGGAUAAAAGUAAACGCGCUUCCACUUGUUUUGAUGCAGAAGGUAAUAUGACAAGUUCAGGUGAUGCUAAUGCAGCCGCUGAUGAAGGCAUUGCUAUUGAUGAUGAGGAUGUGCAAGCAGCUGAAUGGGCGAAAUUGCGAUGUACCAGCGAAGCUGCUGAAAUCGUAGCGGAACGAGAGGCGCGACGCAAUAAAGGUCGAUGUGCAGACUACCCCGGUCUUGCGUUUGGACGCUCCAUUUUUAGCUCUGAUACUAUGAUGAAGUUCAACAUCAUACGCAACGAAUUGCAUAACAUCAUGAAAACGCAGCUUAAAAGGGCCGAAUCAGAAGUAGCUGCAUUGAACCGUCGCAUUCAAUUGCUCGAAGAAGACUUGGAACGUUCAGAGGAACGUUUGGGAUCAGCCACAGCCAAGCUUUCCGAAGCUUCUCAAGCUGCCGAUGAGAGCGAACGGAUACGAAAAGCUCUCGAAAAUCGUACAAAUAUGGAAGACGACAGAGUAGCUAUUUUGGAAACUCAAUUAGCGCAAGCAAAAUUAAUUGCCGAAGAGGCUGAUAAAAAAUAUGAAGAGGUCGCUAGAAAGUUAGUCCUCAUGGAACAGGAUCUGGAACGUUCCGAGGAAAAAGUUGAAUUAAGCGAAAGCAAAAUUGUGGAACUGGAGGAAGAACUCCGUGUUGUUGGUAACAACUUGAAAUCCCUUGAAGUUUCGGAAGAGAAGGCCACACAAAAAGAAGAAACUUUCGAGGGUCAAAUCAGACUUUUGGAUCAUCAGUUGAAAGAGGCUGAAGCCCGUGCUGAAUUCGCUGAACGUUCCGUUCAAAAAUUGCAGAAGGAAGUCGACAGGCUCGAAGAUGAUAUUAUUGUUGAGAAGGAGCGCUAUUGCCUUAUAGGCGACAGUCUUGACUUGGCCUUCAUGGAUCUGAUACCCGGACUUGAACCAUUCUGGACGCCUCGCAAUCCCAAACCGCCAACACCUAAAUUGCCAACACCCACUCCUGAGGAAAUCGCUGCUGCCGAAGCUGCCAAAGCAGAGGCCGAAGCAGCAGCGGCUGCGGAGGCGGCAGCCGCUGAAGCAGCAGAAGCCGGUGUCGAAGGUGUUGAAGGGGCUGAGAGAAGGGUCUCCGCUGUGCCUGCUGCAGAAGCGGCACCAGUUGAGCCACCGAAAGAGCCAACACCACCACCGCCACCACCACCACCAUUUGAAUACUCCAUCGAUUUGCCGCCCGAAGGUGCUGAGGUGCCAUUCGUGAAGAAUUAUGAACCACCACCACCAGGAGCGGAACCAGCCGAGAGUGAAGCAGCACCCCCAGCAGUUGAAGGUGCUGCGCCAGUGGAAGGUGCUCCAGCACCAGCGGAAGGUGCACCAGCACCACCUGUAGAAGGUGCACCAGCUGUAGCAGCACCACCUGCAGAAGGUGCACCAGCUCCAGCAGCACCUCCUGCAGAAGGUGCACCAGCACCAGCAGCUGUACCUCCUGCAGAGGGAGCUCCAGCACCAGAAGCUGCACCUCCAGCAGAGGGAGCUCCCGCUCCAGUAGCAGCUCCUACAGAAGUUGCACCAGCGGAGGCGGCUGUCGCUCCACUAGAUGCAGGCGCACCUGCACCUACUACUGAAGCGCCACCAGAGGAAGCUGCUCCAGCACCAGCAGCUGAGGCUGCACCGGAACCGGCGCCAACAGCUUAAUUUAUGCGGUAUAUCGCUAAUAAAAAGAAAAGUAAUAAUAUAAGUGUAUGCGCAAGCACCUGGAGUGCAAAGGCAACCUCUUCUUUGGGCGUGAAUUCCACAUAGGCGAAACACAGCCGCUACAUAAAGCUGCCAGUUUUAGUUGUUUGCAUGAACGCGUUUAGUUUAGAGGAUCCACAACAAAAAUUCUUUUUGAAAUACCUAUUUAAUUUAAACCAAUGCAUUUGUUAUGUUUAUUCUGUUCUUUAUUUAUUAUUAGUAAUAAAAAUCUAAAAAAUGUGUAAA